AUUUCAUCUACUUCCGGACCCGGUGUGUCCUAAAUUUACGAAGAAAUGGUUGAAGACUAGAUCUACAUCUAGUUCUAGACAUAGAUCUCUAGAUCUACUGAUCUAGUAGUCUAGGUCUAGAUAUUAGAAUUAGAUCUAUUCUUAGAAUCUAGUGGUAAUUUUAUUGUUUACCAUGGAGUUGUCUACUUUUCAAAUUUUACUGACCAAGUUUGUACAGUGACUGAUCCAUCUGCAGUUUCCGAACCAGUAACUGAUAUCUCAAAAAAAUAUUGCUAUACUGAUGGUGUCUGUCACCUCAGAUGUUUAGUCACUUUGGGAGCAGUGAUCUUGAGAUUUCGAUGCUAGAUACUCUCAGAUUUGAAAGCCGGUAUCUUGGAUAUUUUCUUAGCUCCUCUAGAUCAAGAUGGCAAAGAACUUUAUAAGGAUAGGUCUCCCAUCCAUCACACAACAUUCAAGCACCAAUGGGUUUCUUUCAAGGAGUUGAAGAUAAGGUAGUUCCCCUUAACGAAGCUGAGAUGAGGCAGUUAAAGCAAAAGGACUGCAAUGUUUGUUUCUAGGACCAGACACAAGAGAAUUCGACAACAUAUGUAUCAGAAGAUCAAAAUCAGAAACUGAAAUCUGCCCAUUUGGAGUGUCACCAGAGAAUGCUGACCAUCUCCUCCAAAACUGCUCUCUUUACCAAGAGGCUGUACAUGACACUGGCCCCAAAACACCUCAAUAGAAAGAAAACUAUAUGGAGAGUUCCCUGAUUUGGAAACCACUGCGAAAAUAAUCUCAUAUACUGGUCCAGUCAUCUGAAUGCUCCAAUAAAAAAAUGAGAAGGAAGAAGAAAGAAGAUUGGAAGCAACAUGGCUAUCAAAAAGCAGAGACGAUACAAACCUCAUUAGAUGGAGAGUUUUAUUUUGUUGGUAAAGUCCUUGGUUUUGAGCCAGCAGAGAAACAUAGAAAGGGCCGUACACAUAUAUGUAAAAUACAUGCUAGAUCUAUGAGUGAAGAGAAAGAUAUUCGUUAUGAGCUGCUGGCUAGAUUAUGCCCAAACAGUACAGGAGCGGAAAUUCGUAGUGUUGGCACAGAAGCUGGAAUGUUUGCUAUCAGGGUUCAUAGGAAGAUGGCUACAGAGAAAGAUUUUCUGGAAGCAGUAAAUAAAGUCAUCAAAGCCUACGCCAAAUCUAGUGCAACUCCUUGCUACAUGACUUACAAUGAAAUCAAUUGUAGCUUGAUAGAAAUGUCUACUAGAGAAUCAGUACAGAACUUGUGUUUACUCACUGAUCUGAUUUUAAACUUAAGUGAAUCAUUGUUUGUAUUAAUGAUGUUUUAUUUCAACUUAUUAAAUCAUGGUAUCUUUCUUAUUAAAUAUGUUGUCAGUGUGGUUUUUACUUUUGUCAGUAAUUUGUUACAUCUGGAUGUUCCUUUGCAAUUUAAGAUUAUUGCAUCCCAAACCUCCUGCAGGAUAGCUGGGAAUGAGUAUGGGCAUUUCAUCUAG